AUGUGUGUGCCUAAUAAGCUACAGUUUAAGCAAGUCAUUCUGGAAGAAGCACAUAGUUUCGCUUAUGCUAUGCAUCCAGGGAGCACCAAGAUGUAUAGAACUUUGAAGAGAUCUUACUGGUGGCCUAGGAUGAAGAAAGACAUAGCAAAAUAUGUGGAUCGAUGUUUAGUUUGUCAACAAGUGAAACCUGAGAGACAAAGACCAGCAGGAUUACUCAGCCCACUCCUAGUGCCUGAGUGGAAGUGGGAGCACGUGACAGUGGACUUUUUGUUUGGAUUGCCUAGGAUGCCCUCAGGAUACGAUGGCAUUUGGUUGUCCCCGUGGAAAGGAAUUCUCCGAUUCGGACCAUAUGAAGUUGUGGAACGAGUUGGUCCAACAGCAUAUAGAUUGCAGUUACCUAUGGAGCUAACUCGUAUUCACGACGUAUUUCAUGUGUCAAUGUUAAAGAAGUAUGUGCCUGUUCCUAUGCACAUACUAGCAGCACAACCAUUACAGCUCAAAGAAGAUUUAUCUUAUGAGGAAGAGGCCAUCGAGAUUUUAGACAGGAAAGACCAGGUACUCAAAAAUAAGAUGAUUCCUUUGGUGAAGGUACUAUGGCGUAAUCAUGGAAUCGAGGAAGCACCUGGGAACCUGAAGAGCAAAUGA